UCACUGUACUCUUAGUGUUGAUGUGUUUGGUGUCGGAUGUGUUGAGUGUUGAACUGACAUUUGAAUUGCCAGAUAAUGCCAAACAGUGCUUCCAUGAAGACAUCCGACAGGGCGUCAAAUCAACCGUCGAGUUCCAGGUGGUGACGGGUGGUCACUAUGACGUGGAUAUGAUACUACAGGGCCCUCGAGGGGAUGUGCUGUAUCAGGGCGUCAAGAAGCAGUUCGACACAUUCACGUGGACGCCAUCGGCCACCGGCACCUACACUGUCUGCUUCAGCAACGAGUUCUCAACAUUUAGUCACAAAUUGGUUUACUUCGACUUCCAAGUGGGCGAAGAACCGGCACUUCCCGGCACUCAGGAGCACAUGACUGCCAUGACUAAGAUGGAACAGUCUUCGGCGAACAUUCACGAGAGUCUCAAUACGAUGAUCGACGCGCAGACCCAUUACCGGCUCAAUGAAGCGAAGGGCAGGAAACGCGCCGAAGACCUCAAUAACCGAGUCUUGUGGUGGUCUCUCAUCGAAACCAGUGUUGUGUUACUCAUAGGCGUCUCGCAAGUCAUGGUUUUGAAGAACUUUUUCACCGAUAAGAAGAUAUCGGUGUCCAACACAUAGUUAUAUCAAUCAAUUAGUAGUCCAUUGAAUGUUUGCAAUAUUCGCCAGUAAUUCAAAUCAAUUCAAUUUUCAACGUCUAUUCAAGUGCUGUACAUAAGAAUGACUGCAAUUUUGAUAGUUUUGCCCAAAAAUAUUUAUGUAAAGUAUUAUUCAAUGAUUUGUUUGCAUAUAUUUACCAAACCUUAAUACAUAACACAUUAUACCGUUAUAUGAAUGCAAUAAUAAUGAAUAUUUUAUUAAACAAUCAAAUCCUAUUGUAUUUAAGGGCGCAUCCAAUCAUGUGAUGCCCUGUCAUAUAUCGGCGCCGG